AUGGGUAACGGAGCCAAGGCACAGCAGAAGCGUGAGCGCAACGCCAAGGACCAGAAGACGGCCAAGUCUCAACUCAAGACGAACCAGCAAGCCUGUGACAUCCAGUGCGUGGUCUGCAAGUCGACCUUCCUGCGCACCACCAAAGCUCCCGCUCUCAAGGAGCACGCCGAAAACAAGCACAGCAAGCAGUUGGCCGAUUGCUUCCCCACGUUCCAGCAGUAG